GAUGGAAUGAAUCCCCCUUUCGGUCAUCCAUCCAAUCCUCACACGUCGACGGCGACACGGCGACACGGGCUGGUUCUGUGAGAGGAGAAGGGCAGCAGAAGCAGCAGCAACGAGGCAUAUACAAGCUAGUAGGAGCUGAGCAUUCCACGAUGUUGCCAUCAUGAAGGAAGAACCUAUCCCCUUUGUCCCUCGAGCUGGGACGGCAGAGGAAGCAGAACAAGAAACUGUCCAUGAGGUAUAUGAGGCAAUCUCUACGCAUUUCAGUCAGACAAGGCGAAAGCCCUGGCCACUUGUCGUCGCUUUCCUCGACUCUCUUCCUCGUGAUACCAUCGGUCUAGAUUUGGGAGCAGGCAAUGGGAAUCAUCUUCCACUAGCGACUUAUCCGCCGGAGGAGCACCCCACAGGACCCGAGGAGGAGGAGAAGUAUGAUCUCAGAGUCGCAGCCUCGUCUCAGUCUUCCGAUCAGACCCUCAAGCGGACGGCGGAGGCUAGAGAAUCCAAUGCGAGACCUGGUCGAUUCAGUAUAGCCCUGGAUCACAGUGCAGGCUUGUUAAAGUUUGCCAAGGGGCAGUUGGUAUCUGGCGGGGAAUGCAUAAGAGGUGAAAUGGGAUUCAAAGGAUGGCGGGGGGGUGUAUUUGACUGGGCGAUCAAUAUCGCCGCUAUACAUCAUCUGACGACGCACGAACGACGUAAGGAUGCAGUAGUGGCAGUCAUUCGGCCCCUUGUCCUCCGAAGCAAGGCCCCGUUCUCCCGAUUCAUGCUUUACGUCUGGGCGUACGAGCAGAGCUCUGGGUCAAAGAGAAAGAUGGGAGCGGCCGCUGACUCAACGCCUCAAGCUGAGCAAGGGGGAUCACAUACAGGAUCAUCGAGGCAUAGUGCCCCUGGGGAGGAGAUGGACGCAUCAUCAGACAUGGCGAAUCUGGCCAUCUCCAAUGUCUCGGGUGCUGAUACCUCCUCCAACUGCACGGACAAUCAUCUCACGAACCCUAAGAUCCAAGAUGUCCUGGUUCCUUGGGUAUAUCAACCACCGCCAGUCAAGCGAACCGACGCUUCCACCACAUCCACGGAGACCAUGAAGGACAGCGAGAAGAAGCUAUAUCAUCGAUAUUAUCACUUAUUUAUCAAGGGGGAGCUAAGCGAUUUGGUACGGCAAGCAGCCAAGGAAGAGGGCUUUGUCUGUGUAGAUGCACGGCCAGAUUCUCUCGUCUCAGCGUGUGAUGGCGGGACGGGAGCGAGGACCGACGCCCUUGAAAUUGGGACUAGAUGGCUUAGAAUCAGAGGAGAAGGGUAUGAAGCUGAUAAUUGGUGGUUGGAAGGGGAGGUUGGCGUGCGGAAAUAGUAGUAUGAGAAGAACAUCAUUCUGCGUCUUGAGCUCCUUGAUCCCUUUUGGACGGACAUUUACUGCCAUGCUCGUCGCUAUGCAA